GCUCCUCCCGCACCCACCUCCCGGCCCCAGGCACACUGCAGCUCCGCGCGGUCUCUCCAGACGCGGCGAGGUAGCUGCAAACUCACGGGCACGCACGGCGCUCGCAGAGCCGAGGGACUCGGGGGAGGGGACGCGCGCAAGGCGCUGGCAGCCACCCUCCGAGGUUGGAGACACCCGGGGCCCAGAGCAGGGGAGAGCCCUGGCGGCCACGGCUUCCCUUUUCUUUCCCAGCUGAGCUCUGAAGAGACUCGGGGACUAGCCCUAAAAAAGAGCAGGAAAUCUUGUUUACCGCCCGGGGAGAGGAGACCAGCGAGCCUUUGUUUGGAAAGUCAGCAUCGCCGGCUCCCGCGGCAAUGUGUUCCUGGUGACAUUAGCCCAGGGUAGACGGGUCGGAGGAAAAGGGGGCUCGCAAGGUUCAGCUCUGCUUUCGGACGAGGAUCGAGAGGGUGACUUUUGUGCAUUUGUUUGAAUUUGUGGAAAUCUUUCCCCCUUUUCUCUUGCCCGCUGCCGGGCAUGUCCUGAUCUGGUGGCCGCGCCUACCAGCCCGGGGCUGUCGAUCGGAGCUGUCUCCCGCGGGUCUCCCUCCCUCAGUCCCUGACUUUGCAAUACCGGGAGGGCUGAUCUCCUCGAGGAAGGAGGCGGGGGAGUCACAGACACCGGGAUUCGAAGCUUGACAUGCUCCGGGGCGGACCGGAGGCAGCCAGGAGCUGAGCGCACCGCCGGGACUGCUUCGCCUGCCGGCUCCCAGUGCCCUUGCCUUCCGCUGGGCGCCAACCUUGCUCUUCUGUUGGGACGCCCCCUUCUUCCCCGCGGUCCGCGGCCGGCAGGACCAUGCUGCUGAAGGAGUACCGAAUCUGUAUGCCGCUCACCGUGGACGAGUACAAAAUCGGACAGCUGUAUAUGAUCAGCAAACACAGUCACGAGCAGAGUGACCGGGGAGAAGGGGUGGAGGUUGUGCAGAACGAGCCCUUUGAGGACCCUCACCAUGGCAAUGGGCAGUUCACUGAGAAGCGAGUCUAUCUCAACAGCAAACUGCCGAGCUGGGCUAGAGCUGUUGUUCCCAAAAUAUUUUAUGUGACCGAGAAGGCUUGGAAUUAUUACCCCUAUACAAUCACAGAAUACACAUGUUCCUUCCUGCCGAAAUUCUCCAUCCACAUAGAAACCAAGUAUGAGGACAACAAAGGCAGCAACGACAGCAUUUUUGACAAUGAAGCCAAAGACCUGGAAAGAGAAGUGUGUUUUAUCGAUAUAGCCUGUGAUGAAAUUCCGGAACGCUACUACAAAGAAUCUGAGGAUCCUAAACACUUCAAAUCUGAGAAGACAGGCCGGGGGCAGCUGAGAGAAGGCUGGAGGGAUAGCCACCAACCCAUCAUGUGCUCCUACAAGCUGGUGACCGUCAAGUUCGAGGUGUGGGGGCUUCAGACCCGAGUGGAACAGUUUGUGCACAAGGUGGUCCGAGACAUCCUGCUGAUUGGACACAGACAGGCCUUUGCAUGGGUUGAUGAGUGGUACGACAUGACAAUGGAUGAAGUACGAGAAUUCGAACGAGCCACUCAGGAAGCCACCAACAAGAAAAUCGGCGUUUUCCCACCCGCCAUUUCCAUCUCCAGCAUCGCUCUGCUGCCUUCCUCUGUGCGCAGCGCCCCAUCCAGCGCCCCGUCCACCCCUCUCUCCACAGAUGCGCCAGAAUUUCUGUCCAUUCCCAAAGACCGGCCCCGGAAAAAAUCUGCUCCGGAGACCCUCACACUUCCGGAUCCCGAGAAAAAAACCACCCUGAAUUUACCUGGUGUCCACUCUUCUGAAAAGCCAUAUCGGCCCAAAUCAGAGUAACUUCAUGUGAACAUCCCAUUGGGUUUUAUAUUUUCAGUUGAGGCUUUUUUUUUUUUUUUUAAAGGAGUCCUCUGAUAGAGGAAAAGACUGCCUCGUCACUCAGUCACUCAGAUGUGUUCUUUGAUCUCAGAGUGUGCAUGUGGUUAAAUAAUUUCACUGAUAGCAAGAAUCCCUGUGUGUGCCACACAGCAUCAUAGUGAAUAUGAGAUGUAAGACUAGGGAAAAAAAAACAAAAAAACCAGGAGGGGCUGAGGACAGAACUUAGCAGCAUGAAGCCGUAGGUUCGAUCCCUGGCAUGGUUAGCUAGACAAGAGGAUCAGAAGUUUAGGGUCAACCUCAGUUAUAUAGAGUUUGAGGCCAGCCUGGAUUAUAUGAGACCCUGUCUCAAAAACAAUCCAACAAAAAACCCACAGAACCAUCUAUAGUUUUAUAUGUGGGCCAGGAAGGAAGCCUUGCCUUGGGGGCCUUGGUUUGAUAUGGGCUUCAGUGAUAAACAGGUCAAUAGAAGGAAAAACAUGAAGCCGGGAUUUUGGUUUUUUGGGUUUUUUUGUAAGAUGUGGUAAAAUAAUGAAAUCAAUUUCCUCCUAUCAAACCUGAAAUUCUCAACAACAACAACAUAAA